CAUGACAGGUGGAAGCUCAGCGAUAAACAUGGCAGACAUAUGGACUGAUAAGAAAUUUUUGCUCUUUCUCUCUGGAGCAGUUUUGCAAGCGUCCGCGUUUGUUGCACUUUAUCUGAAGAAACAGAGGAACGGCGCCAACGUCGACGAGGGUUUUGAAGAUGUUUCUCGGAUCGAAGACGAAGGUCCGGAACCUGAGAAGAAGAUUCUGGUUUUGGGCCUUGAAAGCUCCGGCAAAAGUUCCAUCCUAGCCCAGUUCACUGCUCCACACGUCCGUACGCAGGCCACAAACUCGGCUAUUGCAAAUGUAACCCCGACCGAAGGUUUCAACGCUGUGAACCUUAUCAACGAUGGAGUUAGCCUUAAAAUUUAUGAACUUGGAGGUGGACCAAAAGUGAGACAGUACUGGGAUAAUUAUCUUCAGGACACCGACGUGCUGAUCUUUGUUGUUGACUCGACUCAGUCGAUGACAACAGCAGCAACAGAGUUGAAAAGACUACUGGGAGAUGAGAGACUGAACCAUUGCCCUGUCCUAAUUUUUGCCAACAAACAGGACAAGCCUGGCGCUCUUACACCUGAGCAAGUUGCGGACGCACUAGAUCUGAAUAGCAUAGCUCCCAGCAAGCACCAGAUCAAGGUUUUCGGCACUCAGUGCACUCCUAAGGAGACAUUGGUACACCCCUCGAUUUUGCAUGCUAAGUCUGAAGUUUUCCGUCUUGCCUCAAAUUAAAUGACAUUUCAGCACUCUUUUACUGACUAAUCAGCAGGGAACAUUUGAAUGAAUCUUAACUUUUAAAUCAGUUCGUUUUGUAAAAAUUUCAACAAGCAUUUUGAGUUUAUAAUGUCAAAUUUGUAUGUACCUUGUAUUUAUUUUAAGGAAGACUUGAGUUUAAAUUUUAAGUGCCCUAGCAAGUAUUUUUCAAUUUAAUCAUUUGCACACUUGCUACCAAGUUUGCCAUUCCACAAAACCAACUAUGUGCAAGAAAAAUAUGAUUUGAAAUGUUUUGCCAAUUUAACGCUUCUGAGCAUAAUUGCAAAAUAAAUAUUAAACAAGACAAAUUUGAAAAUUUGA